AUGGAAUCCAGAGGAUCACCACCGUAUGACAAAUUUGAUGCGCAGGUACAGUACCCCACCUACAGUACCCCCCGAGCGAAUUUUAUAAUUGCAGACCGGUGCCACGUGUCAAACGGCGGCCGACAGAAACGCCAAGCGAAUUGUUGCGGAGCAAUUGUUGGGAGGAAGAGGGCGUGGCGAGACCCAAGAUGAUGUGAGCUACAGUACCCCGCCACCUACAGUAACCCAUACGAUUUGUGAAAAUACUACUCGGUUUUGA